UGACAGCCUGCUCCUGCUUAAAGCUUAAGACAACCCAAAUCUGAAAAUAUGGCUCUUCGCUUCGUCCUGUUGCUCUCCCUGUUCUCAGUUCUUCAGAUCUGCUAUGCUGAUCAGCCUGUGGAAGAGGAACGUAUAGUAGCAAAGAAGGUACAGCUGCUGGGUGGUUGGGCUACAGUCAGCCCAGAAAGAGCUGAAAUCCAAGAUGCUGCUAAGAAAGCAGUUGAGCACUUCAACCUCAAGUCUAAGACUAAGAAGUACUUCAGACUGCUCAAUGUCUCUUCUGCUGAAGUUCAGGUCACAAAUAUGAUCAAUUACAAGAUUACAGCAACUUUGGGAAAGACUAAGUGCCUCAAGUCUGAAGAUGCUGCUGUAGAAAACUGCGAUUUGGGAAAAAAGCGUCUUACGUGUAAAUUCGAGGUUCAGUUCAAUCCACGGAAUGAUCGGCAUCAGGUGAAUGCCUCCUCCUGUAAGAAGUGAUCCUGCUUUUUAGGCACUACCGUGGACAAAAUGAAGCUUCAUGAGAGAAAACAUAGCUUUUCCUGUUACUUUAUCUGUUCAUUUUGGUUGUAUUCCAUUUAGUUUGUUUAGUUUGUGUUAACUUUGACUCUGUAGCUGUAAAAGUGAAUUGUUCUGGAAAUACCAACAGUAUCCCUCUGGUAGGGAGUUCAUAUUUUGAUACAAAAAAUAAUGAA